CGCGCGGCUGCGCCCCGCCCCUUGGCUAGUGGGAACUGGCUGCAAUGGCGGCGGCCGGCACGGGCACCGGUUGGCCGCUCCUACUCUUGCUGGUGGCGGCGACGGCGCCCAGUCGGGCCCGGGGCAGUGGCUGUCGGGCCGGGGUCGCGACACGGGGGGCCGGGGUGGAUGGCCGCGAGAGCGAGGGCUGUGGCACAGUGGCGCUGCUGCUGGAACACUCGUUUGAGAUCGAUGAUGGUGCCCACUUCCAGAAGCGGGGCUCGCUGCUGUGGAACCAGCAGGAUGGCACCCUGUCUCUGUCGCAGCGUCAGCUGAGCGAGGAGGAACGGGGUCGGCUCCGGGACGUGGCCGCCCUGAACGGCCUCUACCGUGUGCGGGUCCCGCGGCGGCCUGGAGCCCCCGACGGCCCAGAAGCUGCUGGCUACGUCUCCUCCUUCGUCCCCGCGUGCUCCCUGGUGGAGUCGCACCUCUCGGACCAGCUGACGCUGCACGUGGACGUGGCCGGCAACGUGGUGGGCGUGUCAGUGGUGACGCACCCCGGGGGCUGCCGGGGCCACGAGGUGGAGGACGUGGACCUGGAGCUGUUCAACACCACGGUGCAGCUGCAGCCGCCGGCCACGGCCCCGGGCCCCGAGACAGCGGCCUUCAUCGAGCGCCUGGAGAUGGAGCAGGCCCAGAAGGCCAAGAACCCCCAGGAGCAGAAGUCCUUCUUCGCCAAAUACUGGAUGUACAUCGUUCCUGUCGUCCUGUUCCUCAUGAUGUCGGGGGCCCCGGACGCGGGGGGCCAGGGUGGGGGCGGCGGAGGCGGUGGGGGCGGCGGCCGGUGAGGUCCCUGGGUCAACACCACCCCCAGCCCCCCACGUCCUCUGUCGUCCCAAGGAUGGGCCCUCCCCGCGCUGGUGCCAGCCCCGCCAUUGUCCGUGGGAGCCGACAGGCUGCGCCCCUGCGGGCGGAGUGGCUGGUAGGUGUCCUGCUGGGCCCCCCGCUGUCCCCUUUGCCCACAGGAUAGAGUCCAAGGCCCCAGUCUGGUGGCCGCUCUGCCCUGUCCCUUCUCCCCUGCCGAGCCCACGCGUCCCGGGAGCAUGCCGUGUUCUCCCCAGCCUCUGUGCCUUUGUCAUUGGCGUCCUCACCUGGUCUGCCCCCCAGCUUGUCUGAUCCUGCGCUGGGACACGAGCUUGCGCUCUCUUCCCCCGGGGAUGCUGGGGCCUGGCCUGGAGCUUGUGGCCCCUGGGAUGGGCUGGGGCAUGGGCUCCCCCGGGUGCUCAUCCUCUCCUGCCCUGCCCCCCGGGUGCCCUCUGUCUCCCCAGCGCCCGGACUCUGAGAGUCAGAGCCCUGCCCUCAGGAGGCCAGGCCGUCGUGGGUCUCUGGGCUUGAGAAAGUGUUUCAAGUUGAAAAGAAAAAUUCAGUGAAGGAAUGCAAGGCUGGAAACAGCAUUUCAGAGUUCCUUUCUCCCACUCCCCCUGGGCCGUCUCAGGGGCAGGUGCCGGGCUGUCUGCUCUCCAUCUCCCCCUCCCCCCUUAUUUCCCCUAAUUUAUAAACAUCAACAGUUUAUCACAA